AUGUACUAUAAGGCACUAAAAUAUGGCGUCCUACUUCGUGUGAAAAUUCCAGCUUUUCCACAUGAACGAGGAGACGACGCCAAGGCAUUAUGCGCAGCACCAUACAUGCACAAAACUGAUUUCGUCGUUGAAGGUUAUGGAUCCGUGCCGGUGAUCAAUGGUGAUCCAAAAUGGUUGCCUAUAAGAGUUAGGGCAUUCCUCGGAUUUCACACAAAGCUCAUGCGACCGGCUGCGAUACACAUUUGUAAUGGUUCGUUCAGUGAAGCUGAGUACCUCACAGCGACUCUGGAGCAAAUGGGCGUUCUGGAAAAGUUGACCGGUCGUGACAACGUCUUCGUGGCGCGAACUGAUCCCCAAGAUUCCACAGAAAAACCAGUGUAUAUAUGCACCACAAAGCUAGAGGACAUAGAAGCCAGGUGCAGUAGAGGAAACAAAACGAACCUAUAUCCCAUACGAGCAUUGUGA